AUGAACAAGGCACGUGCAAUGCUCGAUGCCCUCAUGGGCCCCCAGCGGGACCAAAAGAAGGAUGAGAAUGCGGAGGAUUGGAAGGACAAAAGCAUUUGUAAGGGUUUUCUUGUGGGCUUCUGUCCUUUCGAUAAGUCUGUGGUCGGUGGCAAGCGCUCCAUGGACCCUUGCGACAAGAUUCACUCCGAGGUGAUCCGAGAAAAGUUUGAUGCUCACAAGGAUGGCCAAGACGGCAGUGAACUUCGGAACAAGUACGAGGAGUAUUCCAUUCGUGACUUGGAGUUUGCGAUCCAAGAGGCUGAGGCCUAUGGUCGAAGAGAGGUUGAGAGGCUGAGGAAAGAACCAAGGUCCAAAGCUCUCACAGCGGAUGUGAACCAGAAGAUCUCACAAAUGAAGAGGGAAAGUCUGCAGUUGGAGAAGAAGGCCAAUGCCCUCGAUGAUUGCGAUGCUCGGAAGAAGGAAGAGCUGAUGAAGCAAUCAAGAGAAGUGGAGGAUGAGGCCAAGAAAUAUGAAAAGGAAGAGGAGGAAAAGGUCAAGGCAAACUUUCGACCUCUUGCCUGCGAGGUGUGCGGAACUGCGUAUGUUAGCAAUGAAGAAGGUGAGUACGAAGCUCACCUCAAGUACAAGGUCCAUGAAUCCUACACGGAGAUCCAUGCUCGCCUCAAGGAGCUAAAGGAUAAGAAGGCCGAGAGAGACCGGAUUGCGAAGGAGAAAAAGGAAGAAGAGCGGAAGAAGAGGAUGGAGGAGGAGGGGAAGAAGGGCGACGAAGCGGAGGAUGGCAAGGAGGACGAGAAAAAGAAAGAAAAAUCCAGAACCAAGUCCAAAGCGAAGGGCAAGAACAGCCGUUCCAAAUCGAGAAGGAGAGGCAGCAGAAGCCGGGAUCGCAAGGGGAAGGAGAGCUUUGCAAAGAGUUGCAACCCCUCAACGACCAAGGUCUACAAGUUGACUCCUGGCAGCUGCACAUUAAAUGGCCACACAGUCAAAGCUGGAACAACUUUGAGGGAAGUGCAGAGUGUACUGGCGUGCAUCGGGGACGUUUACAUCACAUUUGCAGGGGAUCAAGAAGUGGCUGAGCAGGCUGGCAUAGCAUUUUCGCGAGGAGCAGCAGUGGUCCCUGUGAUCCGCACUGGUGGGGCCAGCUCUGGGAAGUUUGGCUUUCCUGCAGCCGCAUUAAAGAAGCCGGCCUUCCUUGGGAAGGAGAAUUGGUCCUUCAUCAGCAGCACAGAAGCUUCCGAUGUUGCCACUGCUGCUGCAAUUGCUGCAGCUGUUGCUGGCUACGCGCGUGGUCAAUCACGGUGCGAAGCAAGUUCUUUAAUGACGCGCAGAGAGCAGGAAAGGACGGAGCGCAUGGCUGCUUCGAUGAUGUCUUGGAAGGCCCCACCAUGGCUGUCUCCCUACAUGCAAAAAAUCAGCCCAGCUCUGGAGUUGAGUGGACACUUCAUUUCAGUAGUUGGCCCUCCUGUUUGUGGAUUCUAUGCUGGUCUCUACAAUGGCUACAAGGCACUGCCCAGGGAAGCAGCCACUUGCUUGUGGGGUAUUGGCCAGUGCUUCUUUGGUGGCACCUAUGCGGCCUUCUUUGCCGCAGCGGAAGCUUUCAAGACCUCCGGUGGGGAUCAAGUGCUAGUGAGCCUGCAGGAUCUCCAGGACGAUGCUAUUGCCGUCCUCGAAGCAAACUCGGAGCAAGAGAAGGAGUUGGGCCACAGCACAGCGGGCGACAAAGUGAAGAUUGUGCUCCGCACCGUAGACCCAGAGCGCAUCUCUGUCGCUGUCAGAUGUAUUUGGGCAGGUUGCAUGGGAAUCGUCAUGACACUCAAGUACAAGUUUGCAAGGACAGUUGCCUUUGCGCAUUCCAUUGGAGACAACUUGCGGCCUAUUGCAGCCAAGGUCUUGGCGCCAAGUGCUUUGGCAGUGACUCCUCCAGAGUACAGACAAUGGAUUGAGCCUGCAAUAAAUCUCAGCUGCAAGGUUGUGGCAACUGCCCUAGCAUGGAGAUUGCAGCAGACGAUCUCCUCCGUCCAAAGCGGCAUUGCAGGAGGAAUGAUAGCUAGCAGGAGUGCCUGUGCAUAUCUUCUGCCAAUCCUGAAGAGAAGAAAUUUGCUGCUAGACUUUGCAGAGGACCUGCGAUGCCUGGCUCUUCCAUGCAUUUGCACUUCUUUUUGGCUGGGAUGA